AUGACUACAACAGUCCUCUCUUCAAUCUCCAACUCCACUACACAGGCAAGGGUGUGGGAAUCAGCAGUUCCACCCAGUUUACAGUUUGCUUUGGGUGUUAUUGGAAAUUUAAUUUCACUGAUCGUGUUGUUAAUGUCCAGAAAGAGACACAAAUGGAAACCUUUUUAUAGACUCGUCGUCGGAUUAGCUUUGACAGACGGGGGAGGCAUUCUGUUGGUCUAUCCCAUUGUGAUGAUGAGAUAUGAAUCAGACUUUACAUAUGAUUUUCCUAAGCCUGUUUGCGACUAUAGCUCAUUUAUAUUUACAUUUACUCCACUAUCCUCGGCACUGAUUGUUUGUGCCAUGUCUUUCGAUCGUUUCUUGGCUAUUUUAUAUCCUUUUAAGUACAAUAUCGCUGGAAAGGAGCGUCGGACAAAUAUAACACUAUUAUCCAUCUGGACUUUUAGCACCUUCGUCUCCUCGUUGCAUUUGAUGGGACUUGGUUCGAGUUGUAAUUUCUACCCUGGAUCUUGGUGCUUUUUGAACUUUGUUGGAAGUUCUACGAUGGACAGAGUUAAUUCCUUUAUAUACUCAAUUUUAGGAUAUAGUAUUUUGAUUACAACCAUUUCCCUCAAUAUAUUUGUCAUUAUAACACUUUGUAAAAAUAUAAGAGCAUCCAAACAAGGACUUAAUCGCAAGGUAAAGAAAAGUGAUGUCUUCAACAUGAUUUUACUUCUGGUCAUUGUCGUGGCAUUCACCGUCUGCUGGAUACCGCUAAUUUCAAUAAUAUUUGCACAUGCUGCCAUGUGGAUUGAAGGAAAUGGUCCUAGAGAACUGUUGGUGCUAAGAUUUGCAGUCACCAACUCAGUCGUAGAUCCAUGGAUUUACAUUCUUCUGAGAAAGGAAAAUCUCCGAAUCCUACAGAAACGCUGUGGUGGUUUCUGUGGCAAAUUUAAUUUAACAACUGAGAGUAGUACCCAAGAAACCACACCGUCAUCUUUUUCAUUGCAAAGAAGGUCAAUGUAACACUCUAUCCUCUGCCAGAUAUGUUGACGACUUCUAC